AGGAGGUAAAUGUGAAGUCAGGCUUUCCUAAAGCACUGUAAUUACAGUGGGUCCCAGACACAGCAGAAGAGCGGCCGCCUACCGCGUAGAAACUUUUUUUUUGCUGUAAUUUGAUCAUUUGGCAGCGGUGCUCGUGCAGACUCUCCUUUAAGCGAUGGGGGUAGCCGGACAUUUCGGAAGAUGAUCAACUUUGUACGUCGUAGCGACUGCCACAUCAUUCAGUUUAUGGACAGCAAAAUGUUCACGGUUGUAAUACUUUUAAGCGCACUGACGACAUGCUUGAGCCUCCCAAGAAGAUGCACGCCGGAAGAAGCAGCAAUAGGAAGAUGCAGAACACCUGCAGAAGAUAGUCUGCAGUGUACAGAGAUGGUGCUUGGUUACUGUCAAGAUGUGCCCUACAGCCACACCACAUUCCCCAACAUUGUGGGCCAUCGUUCACGGCAGGACUUAGAGAUGGGUGCAGAGUACCUGCUCUUGAGUGUGAUCCACGGGCUGCUGAAUGGAGAGUGCACUCCAGACAUCCGUCUAUUGGGCUGCUCAGUAUUGGCUCCCCGCUGUCAGGAUAACAAAAUAAUGAAGCCGUGCCGCAGCUCGUGUGAAAUGGUGAAAAAGAGCUGUAUUCAUGCUUUCGAGGCCAUCCAAAUGGCAUGGCCUUACUUUUUGGACUGUGACCGAUUCUUUGUUGGGAAUGAGGAAGGCUGUUAUGACCCACUGUCAGAGUUAAGAGAUAAGCAGGAAGUGGCCUUUGCCAACAUAUCUGAUGGUGGUCAUUUCACUGUCAUUCAGUUCACUUACCACACCAACUCUCAGAUGCGCAGCAUCCUGAAGAAGACAGCAGCAAAAUGCCAACAUAUCUCAAAAACAUAUAGCAUUGGACGUAGUUUGGAAGGAAAAGACUUACUCGCUAUUGAAUUCUCCAGUAACCCUGGACAACAUGACCUAUUGGAGCCAGAGAUCAAAUUAAUUGGGAACAUGCAUGGAAAUGAGGUUCUCGGCCGGCAGCUACUGAUUUAUCUCACUCAGUAUCUGUGUUCUGAGUAUCUUCUGGGCAAUGAGCGAAUUCAGACCCUCAUCAACACCACACGCAUCCAUAUCCUACCCUCCAUGAAUCCUGACGGCUAUGACAUUGCCGCUGCUGAGGUAGCCGAUAGGAACGACCCCGAAAACAUCUACCAGGAAGGUCAUGAGUACAAUGGAUGGACCAGCGGUCGGGGCAACGCACAGAAUCUCGAUCUGAACCGCAACUUCCCUGACCUCACCUCCAUCUUUUACAAUCGCCGUCGCUUCAGACAUUUCCGUAGUGACCACAUCCCAAUCCCUGACUCCUACUGGUUAAAUAAGGUGAUUGCACCAGAGACCUAUGCUGUAAUGAAGUGGAUAAGAUCCUAUCCUUUCGUUAUAUCUGCUAGUCUUCAUGGAGGAGAACUGGUCAUCUCAUACCCUUUUGACUUCUCUAGACACCCUCAUGAUGAAAGGAUGUACUCACCCACACCAGAUGAACAGAUUUUUAGACAGUUGGCUCGGACAUAUGCAGAUGCCCAUGCCACUAUGUCCAACAAUGACACAGAGAGAUGUGGAGCCUCAUUUGCCAAUAAAGGAGGGAUAACCAAUGGAGCCCAGUGGUAUAGCUUUGCUGGAGGGAUGUCCGACUUUAACUACCUGCACAGUAACUGUUAUGAAAUCACUGUGGAGUUGGGCUGUGAUAAAUUCCCCUCCGAGGUGGAGCUCUACCCUGAAUGGCUCAGGAAUAAGGAGGCGUUGCUCAGCUUUAUGGAGUUUGUCCACAGAGGUAUAAAGGGCAUUGUGAAGGAUGAACAUGGAAAUGGUAUUAAAGGAGCCACAAUAUCUGUUAGAGGGAUACGACAUGACAUCACUACAGCUGAGGAUGGUGAUUACUGGAGACUGUUGAAUCCAGGUGUCCAUAUUGUGACUGCAGCUGCCUCUGGCUACUCUAAGGCAACCAAGCGCAUUAACCUGCCAAGAAACAUACAGGUGGGCCGGGUGGACUUUGUGCUGAAGAAGGUCCCACGAGAACCCUCUCUUGACUACUUUAACAUCCCUGAGCUGGACAACUAUGAGCGAUUUGACCCAUUUAAUCAGUUUGAGCAGCACAGCCAGAGGGAGCUGGGGGAGAAUGGCGAGGAGAGGACUGAGAAGCCCUGGUGGUGGGCUUAUUUCAGCCAGUUAGGCAUAUCUGCACCUACCUGGCUCCUGCGGAACUACUAGGGACCCUCCAGACACCAUUGGAGACCAACACGAUACCUAACUUUUGCACCUAACCUUUACUUGAUCUCUUUAUGACAUGCAAAAUGUGCAGCUAACCACUGGGAAUGGUAAAGGUUUUACAGCUUUUGCAUUCUGUACACCACCGGUCAAGUAUUUGGAAUACGAAGUCUCUUAUGUUCACCAAGGCUGUAUUUAUUUGAUCAAAAACACAGUAAAACAGUAAAAUUGUGGGGUGAAAAAAGAAGAAAAAAAUUAUCUUCUUAGUAUUGAAUGAGAGAUGUUUUUUAGUGCCAAAUCGGCAUGCUAGAAUGAUUUGCGAAUGAUCAUGUGACACUGAAGACUGAAGUAAUGUCUGUUGAAAAUUCAGCUUUGCAUCACAGGCAUAAAUUACAUUUUAAAAUAUAUUAAAUUAAAACAGUUAAAAUAGUUCACAAUCUUACUGUUUUUACUUUAUUUUAAUGCAGCUUUGGUGAACAAAAGUUACUUCUUUCAAAAAAAAAUCUGAAUUAUUCCAAACUUAGUGUGUAUUAGGCUGAUAUAGUAGUAACAGUAUUCACCUGUACAAGUAAGAGAAAGAUUUGCUUGUUUUCUCAAUUGUUUUUAUUCAGCACUAGAUCAAAUUCCCCAACUACAGCUAUGAACAGAUCAUUCUGAUAAAGUUUGGCAGCUAGACAUGGGAUGGAUAGCAUUGCAUAAUAAAUAGUAAAUGAUAGCAUUGCUGGGAUCUCACAGUCUGUUAUCUGUUGUCAGGGUAUGUUUGUAUAUUAAUCUCUUUUCUAGCACAUUAAGGAUGUUCAGUGCAUGACCUUUAAGGUUGUCAUUAAACUGUUAAAUGUACUGCUUUAAUUAAGUUGCCACCUCACACACACUUUUUUUUCUUUUCUCAGACAUAUUGUCUUUCAAACAUGAACUGAACAUCAGGUGUGCAAGAUAAAUAAGGGAACAAACUAAUGUGUAAUUUCUGAUUUAAAAAAUAAAAAAAAUAUAUAGUGUACAUUAGAACUGGAAUUCCUAAUACGCAGAAAUAAGAUAAUAAAAAAUUGUAAAGGUCCCCCAAAAAUGAAAAUUCACAUUGUGACGGUGGUACAUUUAAAAAGAUCAGACUUGUAAAGUUUUUGAAAGAUGUCUCUUAUGCUCGUCAAGGCUGCAUUUGUUUUAUCAAAAAUAUAGAAAAAGUUGUGCUGCCAAAUACUGUUUUGGAAUCUGUGAUACUUUUUUCAGGAUUCUUUGAUGAAUAAAAAGUUUAAAAGAACAGCAUUUAUUUAAAAUUGAAGUCUUUUCUAACAAUGUAAGUCUUUGCUAUCAUUUUUUUAUCAGUUUAACACAUCCUUGCUGAAUAAAAGUAUUAAUUUCUUUAAAAAAAAAAAAAAGAAAAAAGAAAGAAUAAAAAU